AUUCAAGGAGGGGCAGCACACCGGGAGGGGAGGUUGUAAAAAGCGCUUUCUUCUUGGAUAUUAAACAGUCUGUGGUGACACUUCAGCAGCACAAGGCUUACAGAAGGAUUUGAGCACGUGGCCUUCACAUCCUGCAGGUUAACAAAAAUGGUUGUAUCUAAGUCGUGGACAAUGGUGAAGCACUUUGUUGGUGCACCAAAACCUGAGGGCUUCAAACUUAUAGAAAAAGAGCUGCCACCACUGCAAGAGGGAGAAAUUUUGCUGGAAUCGGUCUUUUUAAGUGUGGACCCAUAUAUGAGGUCGUUUAGUAGCCGGUUUAUGAAAGAUGGGGAUGUAAUGAUAGGAUCCCAAGUUGCCAGGAUAAUAGAAAGCAAAAAUUCAGCAUUCGCAGUGGGUGGAUAUUAUGUUGGAAACUCUGGUUGGACAACACACUUUAUAUCUAACGGCAAAGAUCUGCUUCCACUGCCUUCUGAAUGGCCUGGAUCUCUGCCCAGAUCACUGGCUCUCGGAACAGUAGGCAUGCCUGGUUUAACUGCAUAUUUUGGCCUUUUGGAAAUCUGCAAUCCUAAGGAAGGAGAAGUAGUUCUUGUCAAUAGUGCUGCUGGAGCAGUCGGAUCAGUUGUAGGACAGAUCGCCAAGUUAAAAGGCUGUACGGUAGUGGGAUCUGCUGGUUCAGAUGACAAAAUCCAAUAUUUAAAAGAAAUUGGCUUUGAUGAAGCUUUUAACUAUAAAACAGUGAGUUCUUUGGAAGAAGCCCUGAAGAAGGCAUCUCCAGAAGGCUAUGACUGCUAUUUUGAUAAUGUUGGUGGGAAAUCUUCCGAUGCUGCACUAGCACAAAUGAAGGAUUUUGGAAGAAUUGCUGUCUGUGGUGCAAUAUCCAUGUAUAAUGAUGCAGUGCCUCCAUCAGGACCUUAUAUACAACCCAUCAUCCUCUUCAAGCAACUCCGAAUGGAAGGUUUCAUGGUGACGCGCUGGUCAGACAAAUUUCAAGAAGGACAAAAACAGCUCCUACAAUGGGUUUUAGAGGGUAAGGUGAAAUAUCAUGAACACAUCACCAAAGGUUUUGAGAACAUGCCUGCUGGAUUCAUAGGAAUGCUCAGUGGAGAGAAUACCGGCAAAGCAAUUAUACAAGUUUAAAUAUGUCUGUAUACAGUUUACAUUACUAUGUCCUGCCAUCUGUUAAGCUGAAUACUGCUUGUAGAACUUUAUACCUAAAUGUUAUUACCACAAAAAAACUCAGCAAAUAUACGUACAUUCAGAAGAUACCAUGAUUUUCUUAAUGUGAUCAUGAAGAAAGUUAUACACUAAACAAAUACAACUUUUUGACCUUCCUUAUGCUGAAUCGCAGUGUUGUGUGCAGGAGGUAUCAUGCAUAUUGUUUUAUUUUAUUUUUUAUUUUUUUAGCCAUGGCAUUUCUUUUACAAAUUCAGCAUACUCUUGGUAUGAAGUGACCAAAAAUAACACAAGAGAGAAUGGAAUUGUGGAAAAUUGUCUUUUAUUCUGCAAAAAAUAUGGGGCAUACUCCCCCCUACUGGCAUUCUCCCUUGCCAUAACAGUCUGCUCAUUUAGCUUUCAAUGUACUUUUUUAAAUUAUAACAAAGACUUGGUUUUAGAACAAUUGGCCAGUGUACCAUAUUUUUUCGGACUAUAAAACGCACCUAGGAUUUGGAGGAGAAAAAUAAGAAAAAAUAUUUUUCAUCAGGCCUCAGAUUGGAUGGUAAAAAAUAAAUAAUGUAAAAAUAAAUUUAUCUCACUUGCUCCGGUGGGCGCUGUCAAUCACUCACUGCUCCCUGUUUUUCUUCUGGCCCUCUCUGCACUGUGACCUAACAUUGCACAGCAUCAGCUCACAGUGCACGUAGGAACACACUAUGACCCGUACGCCGUCAGGACACAAUGCAGAGCAGGGCCCAAGGAAGACCAGGGUGGGUGAGUACUGCACAGCCUCACGGCUCCCCGUGCCUCCUGCAUGCUGAUGACCACUUCCAUAAUUAGCAUUCGGACUAGAAGACGCACUGCCACUUUUUCCUCACUUUUGGGGGAAAAAGUACGUAUGUCUUGUAGUCAGAAAAAAAGGGAAAUAACUGCUAAAUGGAAAAAAGAAUAGUUAAAUGCUAAAACAGUAAAAUGCAGAAUAAUUAACAAUGGAAUGCAAGCAUUUUAUUCUACCACUACCUGGGACACCUUGCCUGGUAUUCCAAUGCCGACUUUGCUAUGAAAUAUAGCUAAAACUGCCUGUUUAACUUACCUUCUCCAUUACGAUUACAAAGUCACUAACACUACUAAUAUAAAGCACUUAUUCUACGCAGGGCUAAAAAUAUGAACUCGUAGGAUUGUAUGUACUUGUCAGGUAAAUUUUGACUGGUAUAAAAACAGGCAAAACAUUCUUAGAAUUAUUAUCAGAAUGGUUUCACUUUGGAACUGAUUGCAAGAACCCACAAAUGAUGUUCAGUGUCCCACACAGUGAUGGUCGUGGGCACUUCAAAUUUCUAUAUAUGCCUAUCUAUUGUAUUAUUGUAUAUAACUGUAACUGUAAAUUCCUUAUAACAGGCUGUUAGAGUGUCAUUACAUCUAUGCGCCCCCAGGUGGUCCUAGCACCACCAGAUAUAUAUAUCUGAGGGUGUGUCUAUGUAGGAGAGAGAGAGGGGAACAGAAGAAAAGUUAAUGGAGGAGGUGAACAAGAACAGUCCUAGAUAUAGCUGCCACUUUAGCCCCUUGGCUAUGGCCAAGCUGCGGGAGCGUGGACCAGAUCUUUUAUAGCUACUUAGCACAGACUAGAUAGUCAAUGUCUGGAUAUAGCGCAAGAAUAGUGGAGAUAGGAACUGCAUUAGUUUAUGGACUCCACAGCACCAGUGACCGGGAGAAGCCUAAAAGCACCUGGACACAGCGGGACGACUAGGCACAAAGUUGUCCAUUACCACAUGCCUCUAUGGACAUUGUGGACCUGAGUUUCAGAAAGCAUCCUGUACAAAUAAUGGAGCAGAAGGUUUUUACCUGCCGUUAGGGAGACCACCCUGUGGAUUGCUAAUUACAAGUAAGAAGUUAUUAUUUACAGUACCCGAGUGCUAGAGUGUAGACAAAGUAUAGACAAAUAUAGAAAGAAGGAAAGCUCCUCAAAUUACAAUUGCCAAGCCUGUUACAAGGAUUACAGCUGAACUAAUAUUUGGAUUACUCUUGCUAUCUAAAUGAACUGUACUGACUACCCUGAGACAAGUGAUCAAGUAAAAGUUCUGUUGU